UUGUCUUUGCGCGCGCGCGAGAGCCCCCUUUUUCGGAAGGCGCUUCGAGGUUAGGGUUUCUCGAGGAAACCAAACGAACGCCAAGAUCCGGUCCAACGAGGAGCGUGUGUGUGCGCGCGCUCUGUGCCGUGCCUGUGCAUGCCCACACCCCCAACGAGCAGCGUCAUCAUCCACGACUUCGCACCGUUUCCUCGUCGGCAACAACGAAAGAUUGUUGCGGGUAUCACUCGAAGCAGCACAAAACAUAGCCCCCGCGUCGCUCCUCCCGCGGGCGACACGGGUGGCGCCGCCACCCCUUGCCGCUAGCCCUCCUCCUCCUCCCCUUCCCCGCCGCCGCCGGCCAGAGCCGCCAGGGCAAAGCCCCCCGCGGUGGCUGGCGGCGGGGGCCUUCUCCCCUCCUCGUGUUCGUGGCCUGCGGGAGCGGCCAGGCCGAGCGGAGGCGCCGGGGCGCGCAGAUCCUGGCGGCGCGGCGGCGACGAUCUUGACGGCGGCAAGCCCAUGGCGCGGCUGCAGAUGGGUCGACGCCGAGCUGUGUGGCGGCUGCGUGCGGGUCUCCUCGUGGCGGCGGCCUUCGCCGGCGGCGGGGCGGCACGUGCGCGGCAUCCGGCGAGGGGUGGGGACGCGGCCACGGUGGCUUCUCGUGCAAGUACGCGGAGAAGAGGCUGCGGCGUGUGUCCUCGGGGAGGAUGGCUAUCCUCGUCCAGAUCCGUCGGCGGCAUGGCGGCGGAGGUCGCAGUGGCCGGUCGGCGGUGGCGGAACUUCGCCGGUUGCAGCGGCGAGGUUCUGUCUGGAUCCCGGGGCGGCGGCCCUGGAGGGUGGCUGCUGGUGAAGCUAGGGCUUCUCGCGGCGGCAUGGCAUGGUGCAGUCCCUGUCCAAGGCGGAUCUGUGACGGCGAUCUGCUUUGGAUUGGUUCGAAUCAGAGACGGUGACGAGCGCGCAGGAUCCUUCUCGGCGGCUCUCGCGGCUUGGCGAGGCAGGGUGGGAGCCCUCCUCCUGGGCUCCAGUGGUGGCACACUCAGGCAGUGGCCGGUGCGCCAGGGAUCCCACGGUGGCACUGUUGCUGCGGUUGGUCGCCGGAUCUAGGCGGCUGGAUCUGGGGCUUUGAAGGCGGUCGAGACGGUGCACAGGUUGUUGGGUGGAUUUCUUGGGACGGAUCCGGGUGCAAACCUGGUCUUCGGUUGAUGGCCGGAGCCGGUGAUGACGAUGUCCUUAUCAUCGUUUUCUUCAUGAAGGCAUCAUCGAGGUGAAGCUUCCAACUCCACUCAAUACCUCGGGGGGAAACCCUAG